GCGGCGGCAGUCGAGCAGUCGUCUGUGCUGCGUUCAGUGUCACCGCGCCGCCACCGGGAGACGGAAGACUGAGCGCUGCGCGUCCGGCCACAGCAGUCACCACCGCCGCGCUUCCAUCGACCUCCUCGCCGCCGGCAAUGACAUCAUCACAGUGAAGCAGGAAUCCACGAGAAGACAGGGAAAAUGACGGUGGACUUUGAGGAAUGUAUUAAAGACUCCCCCCGGUUCAGGGCGGGUAUUGACGACGUGGAGACCGAUGUGGUGGAAAUCGAGGCAAAGCUGGACAAGCUGGUGAAGCUGUGCAGCGGAAUGAUCGAAGCGGGUCGAGCCUACGUCAGCGCCAACAAGCUGUUCGUGAACGGCAUCAAGGAUCUGUCGCAGCAGUGCAAGAAGGACGAAAGUAUAUCGGAAUGCCUUGAAAAGUGUGGGGAGAGCCUGCAGGAAACAGUCAACUACCACAUGAUUUUGUUUGAUCAAGCGCAGAGAUCCAUCAAGCAACAACUUCACACUUUUAUUAAAGAGGAUGUACGGAAGUUCAAAGACACCAAGAAGCAGUUUGACCGUGUGCGUGAGGACAUGGAGCUGGCUCAGGUGAAGAACGCCCAGGCCCCGCGGAACAAGGUCCACGAGGCUGAGGAGGCCACACAGGCCCUGAUCCUGAGCCGCAAAGCCUUCCGGCACCUGGCCCUGGACUACGUCCUGCAGAUCAAUGUGCUCCAGGCCAAGAAGAAGUUUGAAAUCCUGGAUGCGAUGCUUUCCUUCAUGCGUGCCCAGUACACCUUCUUCCAGCAAGGCUUCAACAUCCUGGACGAGAUUGGACCCUACAUGAAAAACCUGGCCGCUCAGCUGGAUCAGUUGGUCAUCGACUCAGCCAUGGAGAAGAGGGAGCUGGAGCACAAACACGCCAUCAUCCAGCAGAGAACUUUGAUGCAGGACUUCUCCUAUGACGACCCCAAACUUGAGUUCAACGUGGACGCCCCCAACGGUGUGGUCAUGGAGGGGUACCUCUUCAAGAGGGCCAGCAACGCCUUCAAGACCUGGAACAGACGGUGGUUCUCCAUCCAAAGCAGUCAGCUGGUCUAUCAGAAGAAGCUCAAGGACUCUUUGACGGUGGUGGUGGAGGACCUGAGACUCUGCUCAGUGAAGCCCUGUGAGGACAAUGAGAGGAGGUUCUGCUUCGAGGUGGUUUCACCCACCAAGAGCUGCAUGCUGCAGGCCGAGUCAGAGAAGCUGCGCCAGGCCUGGAUCCAGGCGGUCCAGGCCAGCAUCGCCUCGGCCUACAAAGACAUCACUGAUAACUACUACAUCGAGCGCUUGGACCGGACCGCCUCACCCUCGACCAGCAGCAUCGACUCGGCCAGCGAGCCCCGGGAGCGGGCGGAGAAGGGCGUCCGGGUCGGGGGAGAAACCCUCCUGCAGAGGGUGCAGAGCCUGCCAGGCAAUGAGCUGUGCUGUGACUGUGGCCAGAGCGCCCCCUGCUGGGCCUCGAUAAACCUGGGCGUGCUGCUUUGCAUCGAGUGUUCAGGGAUCCACAGGAGUCUCGGGGUGCACUGCUCCAAAGUUCGGUCGUUAACGCUGGAUUCCUGGGAACCAGAGUUGCUGAAGUUGAUGAGCGAGCUGGGCAACACCGUCAUCAACCAGAUUUACGAGGGCACCUGCGAGGAGCUGGCACUGAAGAAGCCCACGCCGUCCAGCACCAGGCAGGAGAAAGAAGCCUGGAUCAGGUCCAAAUAUGUGGAGAAGCGCUUCCUGAAGAAGAUGAGCGGCAGUGAGGCGUUGGUGGAGGGCGAGAGGAAGUCCCGCCCCUGGACCGUGAAGAAGUGCCAGCGGCACAACAGCUCGGCCCGAGCCCCGAACAAGGCCCGUAGGAAAUACCACCGAUACGAGCCUGGCAGUGCCAGUCCCGCCAACCUCUCAGCAGCCGCUGCAGCCAAGUUUCGACGCGACUCUCUGUUUUGCCCGGAUGAGCUGGACUCACUUUUCUCCUACUUUGACACCGGAUCUGGUCCCCGCAGCCCCGCGGGUCUCAGCAGCGACAGCGGUCUGGGAGGAAGCACGGACGGCAGCACGGACAUCUUGGUGUUUGGCUCGGUGGUUGACAGUGUCACUGAAGAAGAGGAGGAGUCAGAGGAGUCCUCCAGUGGAGAAGUGGAGAUCGAACAGGAGGUGUCGUCCGACCCGGAGGACCCGAGAGAGCUCCACCCCGGCGCGUUGCUCCAUCGCUCCUCACGUCUGCACAACCUGCCGCUCAUGGCGGAAGCUCUGGCUCACGGUGCCGAUGUUCAUGGUGCUAGUGAGGAGGAGGAAGGGAAGACUCCGCUCAUACAGGCGGUGAUGGGGGGAUCUCUGAUCGCUUGUGAGUUCCUGCUUCAGAACGGUGCCGACGUCAACCAAAGGGACAUGAGGGGCCGAGGACCACUUCAUCACGCUACCUACCUGGGUCACACUGGACAAGUAUGUUUGUUCCUCAAAAGAGGAGCAUCGCAGUCCGAGGUGGACGAGCAGGGUCACGACCCCCUGAGCAUCGCCGUCCAGGCCGCCAACGCCGACAUCGUCACCCUAUUACGCCUGGCCCGGAUGAACGAGGAGAUGCGGGAAGCCGAGGUGCCGCUGGGACAACCAGGUCAAUACCCCGUCAGCAGCCCCACUGAGCAGCAGUAUAGGAAGUGCAUCCAGGAGUUCAUCUGCCUCACCAUAGAGGAGUGCUAGUGCCCCUCUCCUCCUCCUCUCUGAGAAGCUCUCUCUCAACAUUAACAUCCAUACGCUCCUCUAUAAACUCUCUUGGGAAGUGAGUGGCAGAAGCUGCCUGCAGACUCUGACGUGUCGUGUGUGGAGGCUUCUUCAGGCGGGGACCUUGUUGGACCUUUCCUAGCUCUCUUCAGACCCCUCCUCCGCUUCUCUGCAUCACCACUGUGUCUCUGCUGUCAUGACUUUGCAACGUAAUCUCCUCAGUGUUUUGCUAACUCAUACGGUGGUUUGGCUGAAGUCCGACCUCUGCCUCCUCUGCCCUCAUCCCUCCAUCUCUCGCUUCACCCGGAGGUGUAAAUAAAGGUAUAUACAGCUUCUGUGGUUACUCUUCAAACUGUGCUGUGGCAUGAGGUGAAACAAACGUCCUGUUACUUUAGGAGUCACCGAUGCAGGAGGAGGACGGGGUCAUGAGCUGUGUACAGUAGCAGGUUAGGAAGCGAAACUGUGAAGGGGCUGUCAGGAGACGAGACCCUGGUCUGAGUGAGUGUGAGUGAGUGAGUGUCAUUAUUCAGUAUGAUAUUAAUAUGUAAAGAAAGAAGAUACUGUGCACUUUUCCCAUCGACAGUGUUCUCAUUUUAUUUUCAUUCAUUCAUUGACGUUUAUUUAUCUCUUUGUCUCUUUGAGGACCAGUGCAAUGCUUUUCUUCCACGAUGCAGUCGCCAGGUUUUCAUGAUUGUUGAUGACAAACUGUCCCUUCAGGAGCAACGCUCCAGCAGGCGCCUCCACACACUCAAGUUUUGAAAAAUGAAAAAUGUGAUUCCAGCAGAAUGUUCUGUUUGAUCAUCGCUGUCACGGCCACCAUGUUUACUGACUUGUACUUUUCAAGUAGUAAAUAGUUUCAUUAAAACAUUCAGACGAUGUAGUAGAGUCCAAGACAGCAGUGUGCUACAUAAGAAACCAGAGCUGAAAAUGCUUCUCACGUGGAAGUGAAGGAGGUUUCUCAGCACGUGUGGUGGCGCCUGGUGGAUUAAAGCCUUUCACAUUUUUCCUUCUAUGCAAUUGUGAUCUGACCACAGUAGGAAAAGCAAAUUUAAAAUCUCUCCCUCUGAGGAAGCUUGUACUGUAUGUCGCACCUCAGCACCUGAAUCGACCCUAUUAAAGUUGUCAGUCUUUGCUUGGUCAUUCAUCCAUCAUCACGCUUUGUUUUGCUGUGGUGGGUUUAGCAGUGACCGACCAUAUCUUCCUCCCUCCGUCCACCAAGCUGUCAGUUCUUUGUCUUUUCCAUCAACUGUACCAUGUAUUUUUGUGGUAUUAUGUUUCACUGCCAAAGAUUUUUUUAGGGAGGGAGAGUGGGUGAUAGCACCGCCACAGUUUGGCUUUGUUCACAAUCCCUGGUUGUGGAGGUCUCCAUGGACCCGGGGCCGCUAUCGGCCCUGCAGAUGGGGCAUCAAAACGUCUUUCAAACGUGAGUUCAAAUCUCUUCAACGUCAGCUCAUUUCCAACCCACCUUAGAAAUAUUUACUGAGAUACUUUUGUCCUUUUUAGAGUCAUUCUGUUGGCUAACAGACAGGUAGAGACCCCUAACACAGACUCUUGUUGGAAAUAUCAUUGCAAUCUUUGACCUAAAAAGUCAACUCCAGUGGUUCUUUUGUAUCACUGUGACCCCCCCGAUCCCAUGAUCGGCAUUUUGGGGUGCUGGGGCUCAAGACGGAAAACUGGGAAGAUUCAUCAUCGCUGAAAUAUUGUCCAGUGUGAAACACUUCAAAUGAAUACAAGUAGAAAGACUUUUAAAAAAUAUAAUUCAUGGAGCUGACGAUAGUUUUUUUCUACCGAGAAUCGAAGAAAAAAGAAAAGCGAGUUCAUGCAGGGAAAACUGCUGAUGGUUGAGUACCGCUAGGAGUCUGUGCGCAAUAUUUAAAAAAAAAAAAAAAAGACAAACCACCUGAACUACAGAUUAUACUAAUGUUGUAUUUUUAGAACUUGCUUGACGCUCAGGCUUUGGCCGCUCUAGUUCCCUUCAUCUCAAGUACAGUGACUCCUGUGGUACAGGUCAGACUUGUAGGGACACUUCCAGUGAGGUGUGCCAGUGAGUGCCAUCCCACUUCUGACACCAUGUCUCUCAAACAACAUGAGAUUGAGCUUGUGGUGAAGGAAAAUGUUCAGAAAAAAAGUGAGUCACUCUUAGAUCUCCUUGCCCCUCACAUAUCCCUAGUGGUGUGUCUCCACUUCCGUUACUGCUAACAUUUAAAAACCAUAGUGUUUUUCAUCAAAAACAUACGGAUAAAUAAAAAAAGAUGAUAAAAACGUCUUAAAAAGUCAAUAUACACUAACAAAACAACUCAAAAGUGGAAGCUUAAUGGAACUAAGAAAGUGGUUGUGAACGCUGCCAAACUGCGGAGUGAUGCCAACAUGUUUAAAAGGUGCUGACAAACGUUUUUAUAGCCGCUGACGUCCUGCAGUAGAUCGAUGUGAUUAACCAGUAGAAGUCGUUUAGGAGGUGAUGUAAAGCUACUGUGAGCAAACGGACUGGGGUCCAGGCCUGAAUAUUCAGUGUUGUGUCCGUUGUGUUUGUUGACAUAGGAGUGUUGACGAAACAUGCUGUAAAUAGAACAUGUGUGUAUUUUAACUGGGCCUGCUUCUUAGAGUUUCCAUCACAGACUCACAUCUGUCUCUUCUUUUUCUUCCAAAAGAAAAACAAAACACCUGCAUGGUAGAGUGUCUACCAGCCUCUUCUGUUCUGUGGCACAUGGGAAUAUUCUUCUUUGUCUUUUGAAACACCUUUCUGGGGGAAAAAAAGGAAAGAAAAUGCAUAAAAUAAAGUUGAGAAACUGGAUGAA